GGGUGAGAGAGAAAAACCGAAACCUUCUAAUGUUUUUGACCUGGCAGUAUCUCUAUUCAUCUGUAUCAGCAGUUACUAGGUCAAAGCAUGUAAAUAACUCUUAAGUCAGACACUUGCUCGUUUUUAGCCAUUUCAUCGAAUACCGCUUAAUAGAAAAAGAAUUUUAAUCAAAAGCGUUUAAUUUUUACAAAAUGCCUAAAAGAAUUUGUAUUGUUGGCGGAGGGGCCAGCGGUUUAUCAGCAAUUAAAGCAUGUUUGGAACAAAAUUUAGAGCCUGUUUGUUACGAAUGGACUAAAAAUAUCGGCGGAUUAUGGCGUUAUAGAGAGGAAGAUGUCCAUGGAUUGGGAUCUGUGAUGAGAUCUACAAUCAUCAACAGUAGCAAGGAAGUGAGUGCUUUUAGUGACUUUCCACCGCCAAAAGAAUAUCCAAACUACAUGCACAAUUCCAAAAUGAUUCGGUACAUUGAAAUGUACGCCAAGAAGUUUGGGCUUGUACAGUACAUUCAAUUCGAACACGAGGUAAAAUCAAUUGAGCAAACCGCGGAUUACGACGAUACUGGACGAUGGACUGUUACUGCUCAAAAAGUUGGAUCUGCUGAACCAUUCCAGGAGGUAUUCGAUGGAGUUAUGGUGUGUGCUGGACACCACGUUUUUCCAAUAAUUCCGAAAUUCCCGGGUCAGGAAGAAUUCCAAGGAAAUAUUAUUCAUACACAUUCUUACAAGAAACCUAAUGGAUACGACGAUAAAAAAGUUCUGGUUGUUGGAGUGGGAAACUCCGGCGGUGAUGUGGCGGUUGAAUUAAGCAAUAUUGCUUCACAGGUUUAUCUUAGCACCCGAAGAGGUGCCUGGGUUAUUCAUAGAGUGGGUCCCAAAGGCAAGCCUUUUGAUCUCCACCUGAUAAAGAGGUUCCUGAAUUUCUUUUUCAAUAAUUUACCAUAUCCCAUAGUCUGCGCCAUUGUUGAAAGAGAAAUCAACAACAGAUUCGACCAUGAGCUGUACAGGAUGAAACCAACUCAUCACAUAUUCGGCCAACAUCCAAUGGUCAACGAUGCUCUUCCAAACAGAAUACUCAGUGGUACGGUUGAGGUUAAAGGAGACAUCAAGGAAUUUACAGCUAAAGGUGUGAUCUUUGAAGGAGAAAACGAAGAGAUUGCGGUAGAUGAAGUGGUACUGGCAACUGGAUACAAAAUCUACUUUCCAUACCUCAGUAAGGAUAUAGUAUGGGUUGAAGACAAUCAAGUAGAACUUUUCAAAUUCGCUUUUCCACCCAAACUGAAGCAUCAGACAUUAGUUCUGAUUGGUUUGGGUCAGCCAGUUGGACCUCUCAUGCCAAUAUCUGAACUUCAAUCCAGAGUAUUUGCUUUGCACAUGGCUGGCAAAAUCAAUCUACCCUCCGAGGAGGAAAUGAUGAGAGAUGUCAGACGAAAAGAUCGUGAAAUGAAGAAACGUUACUUCUCUGGACCACGCCACACAAUUCAAGUGGAUUGGAUUAACUACAUGGACGAAUUAGCAGAUUUAGCUGGUGUAAAACCAGAUCUCACAUCCAUGUUCUUUAAUGAUCCUCUGUUAUUUUAUCAAUGCGUCUUCGGCUCCUGCGUUCCUUAUCAAUAUAGGUUAAAAGGUCCAAAUGCGUGGGCAGGUGCUCGUGAAGCUCUUUUGACUGUAGACGAAAGGGUUGUAGCUGCCUUGGAUACUAGAAAGAUGCCAAAGCAGAAAACUGAAGAACUCAAUAUCCUCAAAAUUUUAAUGGCCAGUAUUAGUAUUGUACUUUUGGCAAUGGUUUUAGCCAUGGUUGCCUAGAGUUAUGAAUUAGCAUAUUGUAUAUUGUGUAGAAAGCUAUUAUUGCGUUUUUUAGUAUUUUAUUUUUAUUCCUAUUGUACUUUUUGUGUGUAAUUAAAGCUAUUUAGUUGUAAUGAGUA